AUGACAGUAUACAAAUAUUAUAAAUCUAAGAGUAACGUUUUUUGGCAGAAAUCGAAGCAAAAUUGGUCAUCCUCUAUCUCCGUUUCAAAGAUGAGCAUGAUUCAAGGUUUUGAAUCACAGCUUAUACCAAAUGAAGUGGGGAGCGAUAUAUCAGGACCAGCACGAGCGGACUUGCCCGAUCUUCACCAGAACUUUCCUGCAUCUAGUAGCAUCGGGUACGUAAAUCUGCCCGUUACUUCGGACAUGCCUUUGAGCAACCGCAACUUUUACUCUACUGUGUCGUUACCUCAAAACAUCCAACCACAAGAAACUCUAUCUCCUGUGUAUGUUCAUAAUUCAGACCACAUUUUGGACAAGAACAGCGUUCCUUUGCAACAACCCUAUCCAUCCAGUGUCUCUGUGGGAGGGAUUUUGACAGCCACAACAAAUGUGUCCCACGCAGUUGAUAGUGGAAUGCCAAUUCCCGAUGUCUCCUCCAUCCAGCUCAACCCCGUGGAGAAGCCGGCUUCUCUCAAGGGAAGCAAGCUCUCGUUUACAAACCGUUCCUUCGAGAGUCUGACCUACUCCGAGAUCCCUCUGCUUCUCAAAGAACUCUCGGAGCUUCGCAAGUCUCAUUUCCACUCGGAAGUCGUUCUAGUUCCACGGACGCUGCUCAACGACUCCGCGUCCCAGGAAGAUUUGGUAAGCCUCACGAUCUCGCAGAUUCCGUCGCUUCUGGAGGAAUACAAGACGCUGGUGGUUUCGAUGAAGAAGUCGUUCGUUUGUCCGACGUGCAGCAAGGCGUUUAGUUCGCGAUACUCGCUCAAUCUUCACAUGAACACGCACUCGGACUCGAAGCCUUUUGAAUGCCCGCACGCGAAUUGUAGGAAGUGUUUUCGAACGAAAUCGGCGCUGAAUACACACAUUAAUCUCGCGCAUACCAUGAUUAAAGACAACAUUUGCACCAUUUGCGGAAAGGCGUUCGCGAAGCCAUGGCUUUUGCGACAGCAUAUGACGAGGCAUGGCGUGAAUCAUCGCUAUGUCUGUUCGAAAUGCUCGAAGUCGUUCGCUUAUCCCUAUCUUCUGAAAGAACACGAAAUUACAAGGCACGAGGGAAUUAAGCCGUAUAUGUGCUCGUUCGAAGGUUGCGGGAAGCAGUUUAACUCGAAGAAUACUCUUCAUCUCCAUGAACUGGCGCAUUCUAGGCCGUUUAUGUGUUCAAUUUGUCUAAAGCAGUUUGGUUAUGCCUGUGACUUAAAGAGGCAUCAAAAAAAAGCCCAUUCCAUGUAG